CAAAAUGGUUGUUGACGCAGUAAUAAUCCCUGAUUGGUUUUUUUAAAGCCCAAUCUGGGGAAUUUAAAAUUGAUAUUUAUCGGCAAAAUAAGCUAAUACACUAUUUUCCUCCAUUUUAAUAGAUUAGAACUGUCUGUGGAUUUGGCUUAAGCCAAAUUUCUCGUCAGUUCUUAAUCCGUUGAUUUCAAAACUAAAAGUCGAUAUCAGUGAAUUCUUGUUUCCUCUUCCAGCUUUCAAACUCAGAGUAGAGGAAGUACAAUUUCCUGCGAUAAAAAAUAGUUGAACUCAGAGUUCUUUUCCAACAUAUUUUGAUUGUUCAAAAUAGUAACAGGCAUUUUGAAUGAAUGCUUUACAAAAAUGCUGGAAUUGUUAAUGUGUUUCCCGUUAAUAAUGGUGCUGAUCUUGCACAUGACUUUUCACAUUUCCAUGGACGAAAUCUUCGAUUUCAGAUUGGGUAGCUAUUUAAACUACAAUAAGUACGAAGACGAUCUUCAGUCAUCGAGGAAGUUUGCCCGGCAAGCAUAUUGCCAAUGCGAGUGCCAAAAUCAACUGGAAAGAAGCAAGACGGAUUUACGCAUCGAAAGAUCAACUUGUGAUUGUUUGUAUCAAACAGAAAUUAAUAAAAUAUACACCCAUCAAGGUUUCUGCAAGUGCUUGCCAGCCAAUGAAUUUCAGCAAGAAGUCCGAAGGAGAAGGCCUCCAGUUUGAGAUAAAAAAUUAAAAAAAGACGUAGAAUCUACUUAAAUAUUAUUUAAAGAAUGUGAGCACUUAUUCAUCUAAAUUCGUCAUAGAUAAAUGUAAAUAAUCCGUCUU